GAUAAAUAUUUAUAGUCUCGCGAGAGCACACUGGAUAGACUGGUUCUGGAGUGGCCCUAGCCGGCGAAGCGGGGUUGCAUGUGUCGCUUCAGCUGGCUGGAGCUGCGGGAGCGGAGGCGGCGGGUGCUGUGCGACCGCCUGGGUUUGUGAAAUGGCUGCUGACAUUUCUGAAUCCAGCGGGGCUGAUUUCAGAGGUGAUCCGAAGAACAGUGCCAAGUUAGAUGCUGAUUAUCCACUGCGAGUCCUUUAUUGUGGAGUCUGUUCAUUACCAACAGAGUACUGUGAAUAUAUGCCUGAUGUUACUAAAUGUAGACAGUGGUUAGAGAAGAAUUUUCCAAAUGAAUUUGCAAAACUCACUGUAGAAAAUUCACCCAAACAAGAAGCUGGAAUUAGUGAAGGUCAAGGAUCAGUAGGGGAAGAAGAAGAGAAGAAAAAACAAAAGAGAGGUGGAAGAGGUCAAAUAAAACAGAAGAAGAAGACUGUACCACAAAAGGUUACGAUAGCCAAAAUUCCCAGAGCGAAGAAAAAAUAUGUGACAAGAGUGUGUGGCCUUGCAACUUUUGAAAUUGAUCUUAAAGAAGCACAAAGAUUUUUUGCUCAGAAAUUCUCCUGCGGUGCCUCAGUAACAGGGGAGGAUGAGAUCAUCAUUCAGGGGGACUUUACAGACGACAUAAUUGAGGUCAUUCAGGAAAAAUGGUCAGAGGUGGAUGAUGACAGCAUUGAAGAUCUUGGAGAAGUAAAGAAGUGAUUUUGAAAACUUGUCUCUAUUUAAUGACCUGAACUGAGAGCUGUAAGGCCAACAGGGGAGAGGCUUUUUAAAAAUAUAUAUAUUUAUCCUACAGUGAAACUGUAGCCUACCCUCGUCCUUGGCGUUUUCACUGUUCUGUACAAGGCUGCUUGGUUUUUUUUUUAUUGCCAAAGUCUAAUAAACAGGGAAGACUGUCAUGCUCGUGCAUGAGUCAGAAUUUAGUCAAAUAAAAAAUUUUUUGGUCA